CAUAAACUGAAACCAAAAAUGGCUAAUCCUGAUUUAACUGUUCUGGUCCUCAACCUUUCUCCUACAGCCACUCUCGGAGACCUCAAUGCAUAUUUCUCCAACUGUGGCCAUGUCGAGAAAAUCAAGCUCCUGGGUGCCAAUAGAGACCAAUCACAGUCAGCUUUGGUAUCUUUUAGGCAGCCAUAUGCUUAUCAAGCAGCUCUUCUCCUUAAUAAUGCUGUUUUUGCAGGCCAGACAAUUCGAGUUCUGCCGAAGAAGGACGAGGCGGAUCCUCCUGUCUCAUAUAGAACAAUUCCUAUUGUUUCUGAGAACAACAUGACCCGAGGUAACGUUCCCCUACUUCGAGCCGUGGCGGAUGCAUUAGCGUGCGAAGGGGUUCAAUUAUCGGGGAAAAGUAGAGCGGUGGUGGACAAAACCAGGGUAGCAGUGCGCGCGGCUGAUGAGGCGAUUUCGGCAGCCGAGGAGGCAGCAAGAGAUGUGGUGCAUAGGAUCAAGAACACUGAUUAUGUUGCGGUUGGUGCUACUUUGUUGUCUGGUGUGCUUCAGAAAACAUCCAAGCUUGUCUUGGAGCUUGGCAAUAGGAAGGGUCAAUGUCCCAACUCCAGGGAUCGGAUAUGAGUUUCUUUUUAUAAUCGAACAAAUAUGACC